UCCCUGUCCUCCUCCAGCGGCUUCCAGUCCUGGGGCGUCGUCAACGGGAGAGAGGAAGCCCUUUCUUCCUCCUCCUCGGAGCUGAGUGCGAAAGCUGCGCUGCAGGGCCUGAACGACCGCUUCGCCGGGUACUUGGACCGGGUCCGGUUCCUGGAGGCCCGGAAUCAGGAGCUGGCGGCCGAGGCCGGGGUCCUGCGGCAGCAGAGGGCCGGGAGGGCGGCCAUGGCCGAGCUCUACGAGCUGGAGAUCCGGGAGAUGAGGGCCCACUUGGCCCAAGUAGAGGCCCAGAAGGCCCAGGAGGAGCUGGAGAGGAGCAGGGCCCUGGAGGAGGCCCAGCAGCUGCAGGAGAAAGUCUUACAAGAGGAGAGGAGGAGAGGCACUGCAGAGUCCAUCAUCCGCAGCGCGGCCUCGCAAGCCCUGCAGGCCCAGAGGGAGGCCUCCCAGCUGGAGCUCAGGCUCAGGGCCCUGCAGGAGGAAGGGGCCGAGCUCCGGAGGGGGCACCGGGAGGAGGUCGAGGGGAUGAUGGGCAUGGUAGCCCUCGCCGAGGCCCCCCUGGCCGACCGCCAGCCCCAGCAGCCCCAGCUGGCCGAGGCCCUCAGGGAGAUCCGGGCCCAGCUGGAGGGACACGCCGCCCACAGCGCCAGCCACGCCGAGGAGUGGCUCAGAGUGAGGCUGGGCCAGCUGUCCGAAGCGGCCAAAGUGAACACAGACGCCAUUCGUGCCGCGCAGGACGAGAUUUCCGAAUACCGGCGCCAUCUCCAGUCCAGGACGACCGAACUGGAAACCCUGCGCGGGACAAAGGACUCCUUGGAGAGGCAGAGGGUCGAGAUGGAGGACCGGCACCAAGGGGACGUCCAGUCUUACCAGGUAACUAGUUACCGGGUCACUGCAGGUCCCAUCGUCCACCAUCGUUACCCUUUGCAGGGACUGGGGGGCUUUGCAGUGUCUCUCUUAAUGAACUGGGAAUGGGUUCUGAGGCUUUUCAGAAGGGAAUAG